AUUCUCUAAGUCCCUAUACUGACCGAGGACUGAGGGAGAGAGAAGACGAUAAGCUAAUGAAUCACACAGACACUUAAUUAUUCUGCAGGAGUAAAAGUUCUGAGUGAAUCGGUUAAAGUGGUGGACUGGGUCACAGAGGGCUAUCUCAGGGACCAAAUUGGUCUGGGUUAUAGUGAACUGAACUGGAACGAACCAACCUGAGCUGACCUGGACCGGGACAAAGUGGAACCAUGGCAGCAUUCCCUAUAGGGGUGAAUAAAAGGAGGGACACCAUUACAGCUCUACCUCUGUACUACUCAGGACACCUGCUGAAGAAAUGCACUGGAGAGAAAGUAAGGAGGGAGAGAAUGGUGGAGAGGGAAUAAGGAAUCGUAGAGAGAGAAUGACAGACUGUAAGCAUGAGGGAGAGAAGAGAGAAUGAGAAGGCUAGUGAACUUAUCAAUGUUAGAUUUAGAAAUAUGUAUUUUUAAUGUAUCAAGUAAAGCUGUUGGUCAUGUCUCUGCUAGUGUAGAGUAGUGGACCGCAUGUUGAAUCUGGUUUGGCCUUUUCCAGGACUUCAAGAAAUGUUAUGGAGAGCUCCGUGGAUCUACAAUCUUUCUGUACACAGACCAAAUGCAUGACACAGUAAGAGAAUAGCAGCAUUCAUCUAAUCUCUCAGUUUUAUUGUACUUUAAUCAAGUAUUGGAAUCGAUCUAUGGCUUGACUAAUCGGAUAUGUAAUUCCCUGUCAGUACUCAGAGAAAUUGGACCUUCAGAUGUUGAAGUCGAUGUCGAUGGAUGCUCCCUAUCAAAAGAAAAGGUCGACCAUCUACACUCUCACCCUGUCCAAUGAGGAAGUGCAGCUAAAGGUAAUUUAUGUUACAUUCAGUCAUAUUGCUGCCACUCCUAUACAUAAUGUCUUACUGGCAAAUAGUCAUAUAAAAGUUGUUGCACAAUACUGCAGCCAUAACAGGCAUCUGGGGCAGGAGUACUAACUGUUGAUAUCUGAUGUAGGUGGAUAACCCCGACACAGGAGAGGAGUGGAGAGGCUUCAUCAUGACUGUGGCCACUGUGAGUAUAACACACACACACACUGUCACCAUUAAAUACUUAUUCUGACCCACAUUCCUGAGAGGUAAGUAAAAAGAGAGAGUUUAUAGAUUAAACUAAAGAGCAAAGUAAUCUUGCAAUUUGUUUCACUGGUGCGUGAUUACAGACAGAGAGAAAAAUUAUAAACCUUAGUAUACCUUAGUAUUAUGCAUCUUUUGGGGAUGAUGAUACUGAUGAUGAUGAUGAUGAGGAUGAUGUGCCCUGCAGAGGGAGAUCCCCAGUAAGCUGCAGCUGCUCCCAGGUCAGAUGCUGAGGCUGGAAGAGGUUCUGUCUGAGGAGCAGAAGAGACAGGCCCCCUGUCCCGCUCUGUCUACCACCACCUACCCUAUCCAUCCCUCCUCCUCCCCAGGCAACACAUAUGACAACACCCUCUCUGGAAUCCCCCCGUGAGAAUUGCCAUGUUUCUGUUCCUUAUUUAAUGCAAAAACGUAUUGUUCUCUCCCGGUCUCCUCUCACCCUCCUUUUCUCCUCCUCCCUCCAGCUGUUUCUUCCCUGUAUCUCGUCAGAAGGCAGAGAAGAUGUUGAAAGAGAACACAGAGUACGGCAGCAUCAUCCUCCGUCCCUCGACUGACAACACUAACUACGCCAUCACCUUGAGACAGGACAACCCCAGGUUUUGAACUUUAACACCACACCCCUGACCUUUAACCGCAAACUCCAACACCCUGUAAUUCCUCUGUUACUUACAGGCCUCAAGUAUUUCACCCUCCACUUAACAAACCUGUAUUGAAAACAGCACCUUUACCCUAUAAGACAACAGUGUCUCUGGUUGAGGGACUAGAGAGGAGACCUUGGUGAGUACUCUUAAGACUUACCAGACUCUUUCUAUCUUUUAGUGGCCCAGUGAUGAAGAACUACAAAGUGCUUUCCAUAGACACAGGCUUUGUCAUAGAACUAAAUGUCCCGGUGAGUCCUGCUCCUCCAGCCUGACUCUCAACUGACUCUCAUCCUAUCAGGAUGGGCUCAAAACAUAGCACUGAUAUGAAAGACUACACUCUGUAUACGCUUAGUGCCUUGACAGUCUGUCAAGUUGCUUUUGUGAAAUGACAUGUUUGUCCUAUGCCUGCCUCCAAAAUGAGGUAACUUCCUAAUGUCUGUCUGUUUCAUCAGGUGACUGUCCCUUCCCUGGCAGCGGUGCUAGAUCACUUCCUGAAGGCGACAGAGUUCCGUCUGCACCCAUACCUGGUUCCGCAGACCUACGACACCUGCAUUGGUGAGAGAGCAUCAUAACUCCACAAAUAACUUGAUUCACCACUAAUGUUCUCUCAAAUCUUUUCCAGCACUGAGCAAAUUUCAGGUCUGCUGAGCGAAAACCUGAAUGUUGUGAAAAUUCUGUGCAACUUCCAGCAUGCGUUUACUGUGAACACUGAGGCUGUACCCGCUUUAAGUUACAGUUUCAGACAGUGGUCAACUAGGCUACUGUGGCUAUUUGAUCAUAAUGUAGGCCUACCAGUGGCCUACCAUCAAAAACAAUGGAGAAAAUGGAUCCCAUAACAUUUUACCAUGGAAAUAGCUGUUCUAUCAUUCAGCCUACAGUAGCAGCCAAUGUGUGGUGUUCAAUAUAGGCCUACAUUCCAUGAGACUUUUGGAAAAAAACAUGAAGGGUUUAACAUUAACCUGUUAAUCCACUUGUCCUUCAGACAAGGAGUUGUUGUUUGAUGCAAAAAAACACUUUACAAAAUAAAAUGCAUUAUUAUUCACAUACCAUUAUUACAGAAAAUCUGACAAAUUAUGCUACCCUCUGCCUAUUGGCUACUUAGCUUAUUCAAGCCUGUCUCAAAAUACAACACUGCCCCUUUAAGACAAAAAUAGAUCUUUACCUGACUCGCUUUUCAAAGAUGUCUAGAAAUGUACACAUUUUGUGCUCUUGUAGGAAGCAAUCACUCCACCAUUGCUGACUACAAAUGAUCUAUAACUGGGCUAAUAACUCACUAACUAGCAAAGGAUAUGAACAAAUGUGCACGUGGCUACAUGCAGCUCUUGCUUUGAUCUCAAAACAAGCAAAUCUACUGUCGACCGCUCAUGCCGUAAACACAGUCUAGUUCAAAGUGAAUGGUACAGAUCCAUAUAUGGCAAUGGCCUAUUUGCAUAUAAGCCUAUUGCAGCUCUGAUUGGUUAUGGCGCACCCAUCUGUGUAGAGUACCGGUUGAGUUGUGCCUGUCAAUGCAAUAGAAUCCAACUCCGAUGCAUUCUGCCUACAACAAAAUCUCUUGCAUAGUUAGUUUUGUAUACUAAGUUUUGCAUAGUUCAUUUUGUUUUGGUAUGUUGCAUUGAAAGUGGCUAAUAUUGUAUCGAUUAGAUCACAAUUCCCGCAGUAAAGGGCAACGUUGAUAGUGUUGAUUAACUAAAUCUAGAAAGUUGAGUGAAGUUCAAUCUCAUGCUUCUCUGCGUGGACUGAUAUUUCUUCUGCGCAGCUCCCCCUGCACACACACGCAGUUUAAAGGGAACAUUGUUCACCACUUAAGGCUAAACGUAUCCCCAUAAUGAUCAUAUCAUUACUCCUGUAUCAUACAGUGUGUGUAACUUGUGACCUGUGCCCAUCAGAGCUGCCACCCGAAAAGUCCACUUUGCCAUCCAAAACGGUCCCGAUGGCAACAGUGGCACCGAUGACCCACACACAGUCCCCGGUGGGGGACACCCCUCCCUCCUAUCCCAUACCGCCACUUCCAACCAAAGCCACAGAGGCAGGGAACGAAUAUCAGGACGCAGAUGACAUAUCAACCCCAGGUGUGUCUCAAUAAGCUUCAGAGCGUCAGUGUGUUUACAAUAGAUGUGGGUGCAGUCCCAGACUUUUACUUUAAUUGAUCUUCUGUCUGUCUCUACUUUCGGUCUUUACUCUCCAUCUGACCUGAAGAUCUGCAUCAGGAGCUUUGCAUAGCAGUACAGAGGAGGAGGGAACAGAUCUACACAGGAGCACCGUUUUUACGCCCUACACAAAAAUAACACGCACGCACAGCAACACCAUCACACUGUCACAGAGGAAAACACACUCCAGUUUAAUCAACUCUACAAGGGCGUUGUCUAAAUCACCACUAACAGUAUGUAGCUACGUCAUCUACAACAUCUAGCAUGGUUUUAUUUCUCACAUAAAGUGGUAUACAAGCAGUGGAAUUUGUACCAUAAAGUCAUGAUGGCAAGGCAACAUCCUGAAAAUCAUCCUUGUGCCAAUGCCAAUAUGUGUAGAAUGGAUUUCAGUGAAUCA